UAUAAACUACCAACUCGUUUCAACAUGAAUGCAACCCAUUUGUCUGAUCCUGUUAUGUUUUCAAGAUUAGUUGUUUUUAGUAUCAUACCUUUCUUCCUAAUUUUGGGACUCAUUGGUAACAUGUUUGUGGUAUAUAUUUAUGUACGCCAAUCCCAGAAAAGCAACGUAGAAACAUUCAUCCUUGUACUAGCUGUCAUUGAUCUGAUUGGAUGUAUCUUUGGAAUGCCUCUGGAAAUGGCUGAACUUUAUCCUGCAAUUCAAUCAAACUAUUUGUGUAAAACAUACAAGUUUAUUGUCUACACUUGUUCUGUCAUGUCGUCCUUCAUUCUUCUCACAGUUUCCAUUGAAAGGUUCAGAAAAAUAUGUUGUCCACUUGGAAAACAAAUUACCCAAAAUCUACGUCAGACGCUUAUUGUUUCCAUAACAAUAAUAUCGGUUGUACUACUCGUACCAGCUGUUACCUUUUAUGAAGGUGUUCCCUUUACCUAUGAAAACAAGACAUACAUGAUAUGUGAUGGUGACCUUAGUAGGUCAUCUGUAUGGUCAUAUACUCUAUUAGCUGUAAUUGUUCACUUUAUACUUUUCCUAACCAUGACUGUACUUUAUUCCUUUAUUUGGAAGACUAUUACUCAGCAUCUCAGGAAAAAGCAAGGUAAAGAAGAAGCUCGCAGACAACAAGGAAUCAAUCGCACAAUCAUUGUACUUAUCUCAAUCUCUGUUUUGUAUUUUGUCAGUUUUUCACCAACAUGUAUCUUCUUCGUCAUAUAUCCAUACUGCAAAGAUUCUAAUUUGUUGCAGAUCUUUAAAGUAGUUUUAUUUCGUACCUGGAUACUAAACUCCUCCUUAAAUCCCAUUGUGUAUGGAUUCUGCAACAAAAGAUUCCGGAAAAGUUUUGUAAAUAUUUUUACUAGAGGUAAAAUUAUUUUUGAAAUGGAAGAGAAAUUUUAGGAUUUGGUUUACACCACACAUUCAAUAGACAGGAAUUCUUUCAAGUAGAAGAAACAUUUUCUUUGCUGACCAUUUCCUGAGAAGAAUACUGUUUUCAUUCUUUUGUACAAUAUUGAAAAUAACUCAAAGUUUCAGAUAUUUUUAUACAAUAACCAACUUCUUCAUUAUUUUUAUGAUGUUUGGAGAAUUAUAUUUUCUUUCGUAAAAUUGGAAAGGUUUGAUUUCAAACCAUGCCAGCAUGGAAAGUGGAUGUUAAAUGAUGAUGAUGAUGAUGAUGAACCUUUUAAAAUAUGCUGUUUAUAUCCUUGAUCCAGUGUCAGUCUAAGGUAGGUUAGUAUCAGAAAGGUCUAUUUGAACACCUCAACAGUUUCUCUGUUACAUAUUUAUUCUAGCUUCUGUUGUAGUUUUAUACUUUCUGUAGACCCGUAACUGUGUAUCAAAGUUCUCUUUUAAACUCCAAACUAUUUGGAACCUACAGUUUCUGAAUUACAUAUUAAAUCUGCAUUAAAAGAAUACUGGAAAAAAAAAAAAAAAUUGUUGCUGUUGGUGUUGUCACAGUCAUCAUUAUCAUCAUCAUUAUUACCACCGUCAACAUCAUCAUCAUCACUUUUGUGCAAUUCAUUUAUCAGAGAAAGGAUUUAAAAUUAAUCUCUUGUGCUUUUAGCAAUUCUAAGACAAUUUUAAAAAUAGCAAUUAAAAAUUCUCUUUCAAUGAAAAUGUUUGAUAUUCUUUAAUGAGCAAAAAAUUAUUUUGAAACCCAGCA